AUGGAGGAUGGCUACAAUAGCAAUGUUGAAGCUUUUCGGGAAGCAGAAUAUCCCAUGCUCCAGGAUGCGAUUUAUCUCGACCAUGCUGGUACCACUCUUUAUGCCAAAUCGUUGAUGGAAAAGUUCACUUCUGAUAUGAUAUCGAAUCUCUAUGGCAAUCCUCACUCAGCUUCCGCUUCGUCCCAAUUGACGACGAACAGAAUCGAAGACAUCCGUCUGAAAGUCUUACGAUGCUUCAACGCAGAUCCAGAAGAGUUCGACAUUAUCUUCGUGGCCAAUGCCACUGCUGGCAUAAAAUUGGUUAUGGAAUGUUUCAGAGAACUUGAAGGAGGAUACAACUAUGGAUACCACAAAGAUUCGCAUACAAGCCUUGUAGGCGUACGAGAAAGUGCCAGUUCAAGCCGAUGUCUGGAUGACGAAGAUGUUGAGCAAUGGCUGUCUGGUGCAAGCGGCUUGGUUGGUGAAGGGGCAAGCUCAGAUAUUAGCCUCUUCGCAUAUCCCGCACAGUCAAAUAUGGAUGGCCGUCGACUGCCACUUUCAUGGUCCGAGAGAGUUCGUGCGAACAAUUCGAAUGGCCGAGUCAGCUACACGUUACUUGAUGCUUCAGCAUUUGUUUCUACCUCAGCUCUGGACCUGAGUGAUGCAAGUACGGCUCCAGACUUUACCGUGCUAAGCUUCUACAAGAUUUUCGGCUUCCCUGAUCUUGGUGCUUUGAUUGUCCGCAAGGAAUCGGGCACUAUUUUACAGCGAAGGAAGUAUUUUGGCGGAGGGACGGUAGAUGUGGUCCUUUGUAUGAGAGAGCAGUGGCAUGCUCCAAAAAGUCAAAGCUUUCAUGACCGACUAGAAGACGGAACACUCGCAAUUCACAAUAUCCUAGCUUUGAAUACUGCACUCGAAGUACAUCGAGAGUUGUACGGAUCUAUGGAGAAAAUUGCGCGGCAUACAUCAUUUCUCGCACGGAAACUGUUCGAUGGACUCUCUAGUCUGCGGCAUGAGAAUGGCGAGCUUGUAUGUGUGAUACAUUCAUCCAGGUCUUCGACUCAACAUUUCAGCGAAUUCCAAGGCCCAGUGGUUGCCUUCAACCUGAAAAAUAGCUAUGGGGCUUGGAUCAGCAACACUGAGUUUGAAAGGCUGGCUUCUGUACGGAAUUUCCACAUCAGAAGCGGAGGCUUGUGCAACCCGGGAGGUGUUGCGGCUUGUCUUCAGCUAGAACCUUGGGAGAUGAGAAACAACUUCUCGGCGGGUUAUAGAUGCGGUGCCGAGACGGACAUAUACGCAGGCAAGAUAACAGGAGUCAUUCGUGCAAGUUUGGGUGCAAUGAGCACGAUUAGUGACGUAGAUUCGUUCAUCUCGUUCAUCAGAGAGUUCUAUGUUGAAACGGCAACCCAAGACGUCGACGAGCAUCCACCAACCAUUCCAAAUCCAGCCGGACUUUUCGUUGAGAGCCUGACCAUCUAUCCCAUCAAAAGUUGCGGUGGUUUUACUAUAGCUUCAAAUGUCGAUUGGGAAGUGAGACCUGAAGGUCUAGUCUGGGACAGAGAGUGGUGUCUCGUACACCAAGGUACUGGUCAGGCAUUAAGUCAGAAGCGCCAUCCGCUUAUGGCUCUGAUUCGGCCAUCUCUUGAUUUUCGAAGAGGUAUGCUGUGCAUUCAGUUUUAUGACCCGAAAGGCAAUCUGCCACUUCAAGAAUUGGCCAUUCCCUUGUCAGCGAAUCCGUCAUUCUAUACAACUGGAGAUGGAGGAAAGUCUUCGCCGUCUCGUGUGUGCGGCGAUGCUAUCGUUGCACAAACUUAUUCCAAGCCAGAAAUCACUGCUUUCUUUUCGAAUAUACUUGGCGUGCCUUGCACGCUUGCAAGAUUUCCAGCUGGAGGUUCGGGCUUUAGCACUAGGCACUCUAAAGCUCAUAUGCAAAAGCACCAACGGCCAAAGAGACAUUCAUCUGAUGAAGUUCAUGUUCCUGGGGCUUUUGCUCCUCCAACUCCUCCAGACUCGGAUAACGAAAACAGGAAGCGACCCAUAUUACUCUCUAAUGAGAGUCCAAUUUUGGCAAUCAAUAAAGAUAGUCUAGAUGUGUUGAACGAUGGAAUUAUCAGAUCAGGCGGAAAGCCUGCAUCAGCUUCCGUUUUUCGAGCAAAUAUCGUUUUGGCUUCGUCCCAACUCUCAAACCCACAACCAUAUGCAGAGGACCACUGGUCGUCACUUCGUAUUGGACAACAAAAUUUUCAAAUGCUAGGCUCAUGUCGGCGCUGCCACAUGAUUUGCGUUGAUCAGGAUACAGCUGAAAAGAAUGAGGAACCGUUUGUCACACUAGCUAAGACGCGCAGGUUUGAGUCGAAGAUCUUUUUUGGUUCUCAUAUGUGUCAUAUACCUUCCAAAAUUGCAACAAAGGAGAGUCAGUAUCCCACGAUUCGGGUAGGAGACAUUGUAAGAAUAGGAACAACGGAGGAGACAUAG